AUGUCGUUGGACAACCUCACCUUCAAGAGCCACCCGUUCGCGGUCGUCAGAGAAGCGCCCUCGAUCAUCUUCUCGCCAUGGCGGACCUUCGACAAGGUCUUCACGUCCCUCGCGGGGUACCCGACGUCCGAGUUCGAGUUCGUAUACGGCCACACGCCGCUCUCGACGCUCACGGAGACGUUGGUUAUGGUGGCGCUGUAUCUGAUAAUCAUCUUCGGCGGGCGUGAGAUGAUGCGCGACCGAAAACCCAUGAAACUGAACACUCUAUUCAAGAUCCACAACCUGUUUCUGUCUUUGCUCAGCGGAGCUUUGUUGGUUCUCUUCAUCGAGCAGGUCGCCCCGAGUUUAUGGCAAAAUGGCCUCUAUCGCAGCAUCUGUACCGGCGCUGGCUGGACGCAGCCAUUAGUCGUUCUAUACUAUGUCAACUACUUGAUAAAGUACUACGAGCUCAUCGACACCGUCUUCCUCAUGGUCAAGAAGAAGCCCCUCACCUUCCUCCACUGCUAUCACCACCCGGCGACCGUGUUCCUUUGCUUCACUCAGCUGAUCGGGAACACACCGAUUUCUUGGGUUCCCAUAACCCUGAACUUGCUGGUCCAUGUCGUCAUGUAUUGGUAUUACUUCCAGACAGCGCGCGGCGUUAAAGUCUGGUGGAAGGAAUGGAUCACUCGGCUACAAAUCACACAGUUCGUCCUCGAUCUCGGCUUCGUUUACUUCGUCUGCUACGACUACUGGGCCGACAAGUUCCACCCCUGGCUCCCGCACCUUGGCAGGUGUGAAGGGGAACUCAUGGCGGCUGUGUCGGGAUGCGUCAUUCUCAGCUCGUACCUGGUGCUCUUCGUAAUGUUUUACAUCGCCACGUACAAGAAGGCCAGCAGUAAAAGGGCUGCGCAGAAGACCAAGUCGGGGAGCAGCGAGAAGACAGCUGUGUCGGUGGCCGCGGGCAAGACCAACGAGGGCGAGGUGAAGACUUGA